AUGAAGUUCUCGCAUAGCAUUCAGUUCAAUGCUGUGCCCGAUUGGAGCUCCAAUUACAUUGCGUACAGCAAUCUCAAGAAAUUGAUAUAUACUCUGGAGAAGCAAGUCAAUCGCCCUGAUGGUCAAACUGGUGCAGAUGUCGAGUCCGCUCCCCUCCUGGGCAGUUCCCAGGUGAACAACCCUGAUGGGAUCUUCAAGCGCGCUCUAGAUACCGAGCUGGACAAAAUCUGUACUUUCUAUCAGCAGAAGCAGGCCGAGAUUUUCCAAAGUACGGAUGAGCUGAUGCAUGAGGCCAUGGGUUAUCUGUCAGAAACUGCUGGAGUGAACAUGGAUCCCGUCAGCGAGACAGUUAUCAAGGCCAGGAGGUUGAGCUCAGGCUCGCGGCGAGGCACAGGAAGUGUCUUCCGCAACUAUGGAAAUGGCCAGCGCCGCCGUUCAAGCGUCAUCAGUGAGGAUGAUGUCGAUAGUGACGAUGAGCACGCUCACCCGGCAGCUCUCGGUCUACGCCAACGAACUUCUACGGAUGGCGGGUCGACAACCGAUGACGCCCAUGCGGGUGACAUGGCAGAUUCAACGUUCUGGGGCCAGGCAAGCAGUCGCUUACGUCGAGAUUCUGACCUGAGUGAUCAGGCGUUCCUGGCUCUGUACAAUGCGGGUGUUUCGCUUAAGAAGCGUCUCAUUGAGUCAUAUGUAUCCCUCUGCGAGCUGAGAUCCUUCAUUGAGCUCAACAGGACUGGCUUUUCCAAAGCCUUGAAGAAGUACGACAAGACCCUGUUCCGCAACAUGCGCCGAGACUACCUGGCUACCGUGGUACACCCAGCCAUCCCAUUCACUGAUCUCACCAUGGCUGCCGUGGAUAACCACAUUGAAAAGGUCGAGGGCAUGUAUGCGGAUGUCGUCACCAAGGGAAAUCGCGAGCUUGCUAGUCGUGAGUUGCGUCUCCACCUUCGCGAGCAUGUGGUUUGGGAGCGUAACACGGUUUGGCGUGAGAUGAUCGAGAUCGAACGCCGUGCGCAGGCUGCCAAUGUCGGUAUUCGUCGAACUCUCCUAGGAGGCGAUGAAGACCCGGCCACUGCUCGACGCCAAGGUGAUAAGCAGGAGAUUCGCACGCAAGAGUUUGCUACUCCUCUUGGUCGUAUUCACUUCCCGUUGUGGCUAUGUAGUUUGAGCUUUGGCACUCUUGUGUUCAGUCUUGCUGUUUUCGGAGCCAUGCUCUCGGUGCCAAUCAUGGAAUCAGUCGAACAGCAAAACUGCCUUGCGAUGCUUGUCCUGGUCAGCAUUCUGUGGGCGACUGAGGCCAUCCCACUUUUCGUGACCUCACUGUUGAUCCCGUUCCUGGUCGUCGUCCUCGGAAUUUUGCGAUCAGAUGAUAAACCACACAAGCGACUGGGCCCGAAAGAAGCUACCAGCAUGGUCUUCGCAUCCAUGUGGACUCCAGUGAUCAUGCUGCUACUCGGUGGUUUCACCAUUGCUGCGGCUCUGUCCAAAUACGACAUCGCCCGACGAAUGGCCAUGUUUGUUCUGAGCAAGGCCGGGUCGAAGCCAAAGGUUGUCCUCCUCACGAACAUGUUUGUGAGCAUGUUCCUGAGUAUGUGGAUUAGUAACGUUGCUUCGCCUGUGCUCUGCUACUCGAUCAUCCAGCCCUUGCUCCGCAACCUGUCCCCCGAUUCCGAUUUUGCCAAGGCACUUGUCCUGGGUAUCGCAUUAGCAGCCAAUGUUGGUGGUGCUGCGUCUCCAAUUGCUUCGCCACAAAAUAUCAUCGCCCUUCAAAAUAUGUUCCCCAGCAUCAGCUGGGGAACUUGGUUCUUCAUCUCGCUGCCCGUCUGCAUUAUCUCAAUUUUCCUAAUCUGGGGUCUUCUGCUUGUUACCUUCAACCCCGGCCGCAACGCCACUGUCAUCCCUUUUCGCCCUGUCAAGGACCGCUUUACUGGCAUCCAGUACUUCAUCAGUGCUGUCACGUUGGUCACUAUUGCGCUCUGGUGUGCAAGCCAUCAACUCGAACAUAUCUUCGGUGAUAUGGGCGUGAUUGCUAUCAUCCCGCUGGUCCUGUUCUUCGGAACUGGAAUCCUCAACAAGGAGGAUUUCAACAAUUUCCUGUGGACUAUCAUCAUCCUCGCCGCUGGCGGUCUCUGUCUCGGUAAAGCUGUCACCUCUUCCGGCUUGCUGCACACCAUCGCCUCUGGCAUCACCGCCAAGGUCGAGCACCUCAGCCUGUAUAGCGUGCUUCUCGUCUUCUCGGCGUUGAUCCUCGUCAUCGCUACAUUUAUUUCGCACACCGUUGCCGCUUUGAUUAUCCUCCCUCUCGUCCGCCAGAUCGGUGUGGGCAUGGAGAACCCCCACCCCAAUUUGCUGGUCAUGGCCAGUGCGCUGAUGUGUUCUGUUGCUAUGGCCUUGCCCACCAGCGGGUUCCCUAACAUGACUGCCAUCAUGACCGAAGUCCCACAAACCGGUCAGCGCUACCUCCAGGUCCGCCACUUCCUCACCCGGGGUAUCCCAGCGAGUCUGAUGUCCUUUGUGGUGAUUGUGACCCUCGGCUAUGGUCUCAUGUAUAUUGCGGGUCUUUAA